AUGGUAGAAUUAAAGUGCCCUAUAGCGCUGGUUACGGUUCUCAUCUUCGUAGGGCCAGCCAUUGCUGCUUCUCUGGAUGGUGAUGAGUUUUCCAAUAAUUUGAUCUCGGAUUUAGCUCCAUUGCUUUCGCUCUUUGGCGAACAGGUCACCAAGCAAUUUAUGAGCGAGUCGAUGGGCUGGGCGGAUCAUUUUGUGUUUGCAAUGGUCCCACUGGGAAUAAUUACAGCGAUAACUGGCGCCAUCCGAGUUGGAGGACCUGGAUGGCUGAAAGCUAUUAUAGGAAGGGCUCGGGAGAACAUAGCCGCUGCUGAGGUAGAACUGAUGUCCUCCACUUCGCACGAGGUCGGUGAGCUCUGGAAUGGUCAACAGAUUGUGAGGACAAUGGGCAUACCACCAGUAAAGGAUAUUCUAUUUUUAUCGCGGAAAGAUUUAUGGAAAAACGAAUAUAGUUUGCUUUCUUCAAUUGAGAAAGCUGUUGCCGAGAAACAUAUCACUGAAAUUAAUGGGUUUGAUCUCCAAGAAGAUAACUCAUCCGUGACAGCUCGGCAGCGGGCAGGUCAAUCCAGUAAUUCGGAGAAUCCGGCACAAAAGUCUCGACCGCUACUAGAAAACCUCCCUGCUCCAAACAUCAGCCUCAAUCUUCACAACCGUGUUAGUAGGACCGAGAUUCGAAUCGUGGCCGCCAUCUCGAUAGUUAUUCAGGUCGGCAUCGUUGUUUACGCUGGGUUUGCUACCUAUCACCCGAGGCUUCAAUAUAAAAAAGGCGAUUCCUCUGUUCAAGGCUAUGGAUUUCCUGUAAUGUGUUCGGGAACCAUAAUCAUCUCAAUAGGCCUACUCAUAUGUGCACAUGUGAUUGAGGAUAGCACCACGGAGAGAAGGUACAGAGGAACAGCCGAGGAAGGCAUCGAGAUUCGCAGUCUAUGGUUGCAGAAGGGUGAGCGGGUAGCCGAUCAGUCCUUCGAAUCCUUCGCGAUUUUCUCGAAAGGUAUACGGGAAACGAUCACGGUUUCUGAGCGGAAAAACGGAUGGGGUGAUCCGCUGGAGAACAGAAGAAAAGCAACAUUAAGCGGUCAGCCAAGGGGGUCGAAUUCACAUGAGAUGUAUCCUUUUACUGGUUUUCUCGCAACCGCCGGCACAAUGAUAUCUCUUUGUGGAUUCAUUCUCCAAUUCACCGGUCUCCGUGCUUUACACUGGUCUGUCUCUCUUGCCCAGCUUUGUGGAAUGUUAACAAUGGCUGGCUUGAGGGCCUUUGUCCGCCGAGGCCUGACCCGGAUGCCAGUUGUACAAAGCCUCCCUAAGGGAUUUGAACUCGACUGGCUGGCAACAAGAAUCCCAGCACUACACUCUAGCUGGCCAAAUGAUUCGUAUUCGAGACCGCCCAAAUCCCCGUCACGCAGUGUGUUUUCGGAAGCUAAAGCUCUUGCGUCUGCCAUCGAUGUCGUUCUAAACUCUCUCGUGCGCUCUCUCCAGGAUUCUCCCCAGGGCUCAAUGUCCAGCUGGCCACUACCGAUCCAGUCCUUUGGGAAUCAGCGGGUCAUCAUCACCGCUAAACAGAAGGGAGAGGGGAAAUGGGGUACGGAUAUUGACGAGAUCGAUGCAAUAUUGUCAUUAUGGGUGUAUGAUGCCAUGCAAAUCACGGAGAAGGGAAAUUUGAGUGGAGCUAUCACUCGCCCUAAAUUUUGGGACAGUGAAGAUACUAGCGUGGAAGGCCCAGAGGACAGUGGUAUCUGGCUUCUGGGUUCGGAUGAAGCUGCCUUGCGUCGAGAUUUAAAGUGGUGGUCCGACGAUACACUUGUGUCUUCACUAGUCCUCGCACGUGAGGAUCGUUCCAUACGUUGGGAUGGUGGCAAAAUCAAGGAUUCUAAUAGUACAGGGAUAACAAUUGAACCCCAGCGGAUAUUGGGCUGUGGGAGCGUGAAAAAUCCCCGUCGCCGAGCAACCUUCGUUAUCAGCGAUAUUGAAGAUAACCCCCAAAAUAAGGGCGGUUUAGAACACCAGCUAGCUGUAAUCUCUAAUGCACCACAGGCACUACUCUGUGCACAAAGGAUUCUUUCAGAGUUUAUGAAAGCAGUUGCGGCGAGAUUGUGUUACAGGAACUACGGAAGCACUGUUCUACAGGCUUAG